AAAGUGCAAACCUAACAAUCAUCCAGUGUGAAGAUGAAGGAGCCACUUAGCACCUGCACCUACAACCUGCUCUACCAGGACCUCAAGACAUUCUCAAAACAUGGAGAACAUUUCUGCAAAGAACUUGUAACAGUAUUCCAGCAAAGAGCUGAGCUGGAAAUCAACUACGCAAAAAGACUGCAGAAACUUGCUGGAAAACUCAUCAGUGUGUCCAAAAUGAUGACUAGCAACUCAACAUAUAAUGCAUGGUCCUUUGUAUCCAACGAGAUGUUCUCCACAGCAGAUGCACACAGAACACUAGGGCAUGGUCUUCAACAAGAUGCUCUUGGGGAAAUUCGCCAAAUGCUGGAUGAACACACCAAGAGGAAGAAACCACUGGAAAAUGCCAUUGAGAAAUCAAAGAAAAUUGUUAUGACCAACUGGAAUGAACAACUAAAGGCAAAGAAAAAGUUGACUGGUUUAACCAGAGAGCAUGAGGCACUCUUUAGCUUUGUGGAAAAGAAUAAACACAUCUGCACAGAGAAAGAGAAACAGAAGAUGCUUAACAGAUUGAGUAAAUCGGCAGAGCUUCAAGUCAAAGUUGAUGAGGACUACUUCAGUAUGAACAUAGACAGCUGUCAGAUUAGACUGAAGUGGGAGAACACACUUAAAAGCUGCUAUCAGAUUGUUCAGGAAAUUGAGAAGCAAAGGAUAGAGGCUCUGAGCAACGCUGUGAAUAAGUACAAGAUCCACAUGUGCAGCUACAGCCAAAGCCUCCUUCAUAGUCAGGAGCAGAUUGAGGAGGCCAUCAGCAGAGUGGAUGUGGACAAAGACAUUCAAACACUGGUGGAAAGCACCUGUGUUACAGCCGAUGAUAACAAGGCUGAAUUCCUCAUUGCUGAUUAUUUUGAGGAAGAUGGAAAGACGGUAAUGGAAAAGGAAAGAAGAAGAGAUGCACUAAAGAUCAAACUCAAGCGAGUACAGGACUGCAUUAAUAAAACCAGGAAGGAGAAAGAAGGGCUGGAGAAAAUGGUGGGAACAGACACUGAAAAAAAAAAAAACCUGGAGGAACAAGAGCAACUGCUUGAAGAGUCUAUUUUAAAAUUGGACCUUUUGGAGGCCACAUACUGUAAACUGAACCAACUGAUGAUGGACUUGGAGGGGAAACCGAAACCUUUCCAUCAUUUCAAUGACAGCAUCACCAAAUUCAAGGAAAAGGAAGUUGAGCACAGCAUAGCUAACCUGCCUCGUCCAGUUCGGAUGAAAAGGACAACGUUAAGGUCAAGUCAGGCUUUGAGGACUUCGCUUAAUUCGAAGGCGCCAGCGAAAAAUGGAGUAGACCGUCAGGACUCUGUCCCCGCUAUAGACACCAGCAGAGGAGCAGCAAAACACACGCAUAAGCGGAGGUCUGAGAUUAACGAAGCAUCAUCAAGGUCUCACGAGGAAUGUACUGAGUCCUGCAGUGUGGGGAAAUGUAAGGCUUUAUAUGACUUCGUAUCAGAGAAAAAAGAUGAGUUAAACAUAAAAGAAGGAGAUCUUCUCAACAUUCUUCGAAAGGACCACAGUGGAUGGUGGUAUGGAGAACUAAAUGGGAAGACGGGUCACUUUCCUUUUAAUUAUGUUGAAGAGCUGCCUGUUUUGAAAAUGGCAAAGUCUUCAGAUGCUUAAGUCAUGGAACUAUGGAGUUUUCUUAUUUACCAGAGGACUUGGUGGUGGUAGUGUAGGAUAUUGCAAUAAAGAGUAUUGGUUUAGGUAAAAGCAGCAUCAAACAGCUUUAUAUUAUUUAUUACUUUUUAAAGGUCAUCAUGAAGCAUGGCUUAGGUUUAGGUUGACAUUAAACAUCAGAAUGUGAAAAAUUAUCUCUCAUUGACUGUGGCAUGGUUCAUAGUGUCAGACAGGCUGAAUGUGUAUUUCACAAAUGUGUUUUUUUCACAUGCAACAGACAGUGAGUGUCUCGAGAGUUUACACAGAAUGGUGUGAAAAACAUCAGUAAAGAAAAGCAGUUCUUCUCCCAUGCUGAUGGCAAGAGAAUUGGCAGACUGGCUCAAGCAGACAGGAAGUCUACAGUAACUCAAAUACUCCAACCAGCUCGUCUGGCACAAACAACUACUCCAUAAUCAAAGUCUGAUGAUGGUGUGAACUUUAACUGAAGCUCUUGAGUGUAUCUAUGUGAUUUUAUGCAUUGUGCUGCUUCCACACAAUUGGCCGCUUGGAAAAUGACAUGAAUGAGCAAGCAUUUGGGUAAGUGUGCUGCAAUUGGAAAAACAUGUAUGCAAUGGUGGCUGAAUUCAGAGAAACAGCCAAAAAUGUUUUCACAAAAGAAAAUAAAUGAGAUUUUAAUGUCUUUAAACUCUUCUUGAAAGGAACUAAAAUUUUAAUACUUUAACAAUCACCUUGCUUAAUGGUAUUAAAGACCAUACUAUCCAAAA